AUGACCAAGGCCAGCGGCGGCGAUUCCAAGAAUACGCUCUACUGCUCCUUUUGCGGCAAGAGCCAGCACGAGGUUCGCAAGCUGAUCGCCGGCCCGACUGUUUUCAUUUGCGAUGAAUGUGUCGAGCUGUGCAUGGAUAUCAUCCGUGAGGAAAACAAAUCCUCGCUGGUGAAGUCACGGGACGGUAUCCCGACCCCUCAGGAAAUUCGCGAUGUUCUCGAUGACUAUGUUAUCGGACAGGGCAGCGCAAAGAAGGUCCUGUCGGUCGCCGUUCACAACCACUACAAACGCCUCAACCACGCGUCCAAGAACAACGAUGUGGAACUGGCUAAGUCCAACAUACUUCUGGUGGGACCGACAGGGUGCGGCAAGACGCUUCUUGCGCAGACACUUGCCCGAAUCCUGGACGUGCCCUUCACCAUGGCUGAUGCGACCACGCUGACAGAGGCCGGCUACGUUGGUGAAGAUGUCGAGAACAUCAUCCUGAAACUGCUUCAGUCCGCCGACUACAAUGUCGAGCGUGCGCAGCGAGGCAUCGUCUACAUUGACGAAGUGGACAAGAUCAGCCGCAAGGCCGACAACCCGUCGAUUACCCGUGACGUGUCGGGCGAGGGUGUUCAGCAGGCCCUGCUCAAGAUCAUGGAAGGAACGGUCGCUUCCGUGCCACCACAAGGAGGUCGCAAGCACCCGCAGCAGGAAUUCCUGCAGGUGGACACGACCAAUAUCCUUUUCAUCUGCGGUGGGGCGUUUGCGGGUCUGGACAAGAUUAUCUCGGAUCGGGGAACGCAAACCUCCAUUGGUUUUCAGGCGCAGAUCCAUGCCCCUGAAGACCGUCGGAUCGGUGAACUGUUUGCUGAACUUGAGCCUGAAGACCUUCUGAAAUUCGGCCUUAUUCCGGAAUUCGUUGGCCGUCUGCCGGUAAUUGCGACGCUCGAGGAUCUCGAUGAAGAUGCCCUGGUGACGAUCCUGACAGAGCCGAAAAAUGCUCUGGUCAAGCAGUACCAGCGUCUGUUCGAAAUGGAACAGGUCGAACUGGCCUUCCACGACGAGGCGCUCAAGGCGAUUGCCCGCAAGGCAAUCGAACGCAAGACCGGGGCUCGCGGACUGCGAUCGAUUCUGGAAGCGAUCUUGCUCGAUACCAUGUACGAGUUGCCGGGUCUCAAGGGUGUAAAGGAAGUGGUGAUAUCGCCUGAGGUCGUCAAAGGCGAAGCCAGGCCUCUUUAUAUUUACGAGGACCGCGAAGAAACAUCUGCGACCAGUGCCUGA